AUGUCUUCACAACAAAUUACCUCUAAAGAGAUUCCAAUCAUAAAAAAGGCAGAGCCUGGUACAUCCAUACCAGAAAAUUAUAGUAGGACACCUUCAGGAACAAUCUAUUCUAGUACACCUGGAGGAACAAGGAUAAUUUAUGAUCGUAAUACUUUACUUAAUCUAGCAAAUUCACCACUUGCAAAAACACCACCAACAAAAUUACCAUACAUUCCUGGUGUUACUAUUCCGCAUCAAACAACUGAACAAGGAUCCUCUGAAAAAAAGGACAUCAAUGAUGACAAAAAAUUGAAUCAAAUUGCUGGCCAUUUGGCACCCCCAAAUCCUAAUUAUCCCGGUUCUAAAAACACUUUAGUUGAUUCUAAUCAAAGUGGCAAUAUUAGUAGCGGGGGUGAAAGUGGUGAUGAAGAUUCAAGUAAUAAUAAUACACAAGGAUAUAAAGAUGAUCAUGACCAUGGAGUAUUUGAUAUUGACAUGGAAUGA